AUGGCGGACAAGGACUACACCUACUCCGACGUUUCGUCGCACAGCACCAAGAAGGACCUGCUGGUCGUGAUACACGACAAAGUCUACAAUGCGUCUAGCUUUGUGGACGAGCAUCCCGGCGGCGAAGAGGUUCUCCUAGACGUCGGCGGCCAAGACGCAACCGAAGCCUUCGAAGACGUCGGCCACAGUGACGAGGCGCGCGAGAUCCUCGAGGGCCUGCUCGUCGGCAAGCUAAAGCGAGAGGACGGCGACCCCGCCCCCUCCUCCUCCGCCCAGCCCACCGCGACCAAGACAGCAGGCCCGGACGCCGCGGGCCUGGGUGUCGGGAUCUACGCCAUUAUCCUCGUCGGCGGUGCCCUCGCUUUCGCGGCGUAUAAGUACCUGCAGGCGAAGUCGGACAGCAGUGUGAAGUUGUAG